AUAGAGUCUGCAUUACUGAUGGUGGCUACGCAGCAGUUAGAGUGUCUACGGUGCUGCUGCUCCUUUGGGGAGCGCUAGGAGCAUCCUUUUCUAAGGUCCAACUUCCAGCCAGCCUGGAGGCAACCGUAACAGAAGUAUUAUAAAUAUUCUUUACCAAAUAUAAAAAGAGCCCUUGUAGACCAAAUUUCUGCAAAGAAGAAAAUAUGUGAUCAUGUUGCACCGAGUUGAACGCCUUCUCUGCAUCCAAUGAUACCACAGCCAUGUCCUCGUAGUUUUUAAGAGUGGUAGACAUAGUUUCUUUUGAAAGACAGUAAUCUAUUGUGAGAAAUAGUUCUCUAAUCUUAGCAGAAGCAUUCCUGCCUUUAAGAAAACCAACCUGAUCUGAAUGCAUUAUUUGGCUUAAGGGACUUUGCAGUCUCUUAGCAAAAAUAGUAGGCAAAAUUUUGUAAUCAGAAUUUAAUAGAGCUAUUGGUCUAUAAGAACCCAUUUCAAAAGGGUUUUUACCUUUCUUUAAGAUCAGAGUAGUCCAGGAUGCAGAGAAGGAGCUCGAACAUGGUGCUUUAUUUAUAAAAUUGUGAUUAAACAGAUUCUUGAGAUAGAGAAUAAUAAUAGGUUUUAACAAUUUUUAAAAUUCAUUGGGGAGUAAUUCUGGUCCUGGAGUUUUAUGUAAAGAUAUGGAAUCUAUACUGUCCAAAAUUUGUUUGUCAGUAAUAGGGGCGUUAAUUUUUUUUUUACUGGUGGAUUAAUUUAUCCACCAAUCAGCAAGAACAACCCAGGUUGUUCACCAAAAAUGGUCCUGUAUCUAAACUUACAUUCUUGCAUUUCAAAUAAAGAUACCAAGAGAAUGAGGAAAAUGUUAUAAUAGGAGUAAAUUAGAAAGUUGCUUAAAAUUUCAUGCUCUAUCUGAAUCACAGAAGAAAAAAAUUUGGGUUUAGUGUCCCUUUUAUAUUCAGGCUAUUUUGUACUUAUAACGUUUCUUAUCACUCUUUGUAUUUAAUAAUUUACCAGCCUAUUUUUUUUUUUUACCCAACACUUUUAUAUUAGUAAAACUAACGUAAAGUGAUCCAUCAUUCUUAAUUUAAUUAAAAUAUUAAAAUUAAACUGCUUUUUAACACAGUAACAAUAUACAUACACUCUAUUGAUGACUUAAUGUGACGAAAUAACGUAGCAUUACUGUAAAUAUAACACUGCAAUGUACCAGGUUAUUGGAGGUACAGCAGCCAUUGAGCUCAUUCAUACGAGGCCUAGCAAAAAGAGAAGUGCACAGGGCCUGUCCUCCAAGUAAGGGCUGUAGCCCCUCUUAUUCCCCUGCCCUUGACCCUUCCCCACCUCACACUCGCUCUAUAGUGGGUAAGACACCUAUUCUCCAAAAAACAAAGGUCACAACAGCCCCCCUAGACCGUGAAUCACUCCCCACCCUGCUCAAUUUUCUUUUCAAUAAGAAGUAGGCGACUAGGAGGGAGAGUAUGUGCUUCUGGGAGGUGUAGUUUUUCCUCGCUUUGGCAUCCUUGCUUGGCCACCUCCCUCUAGACUACAAGUCCCAGCACUCCUCGCGCCGCGCAUGUCUAAGGCUCUGGUUGAACCUCCUCUAUUAUGCUGCUGGGCUGAGGGAUAAUAAGCAGCGGAGGGUCCGUACCUUACGGGAGCCGCUACGGGAAACUACCAAGGAAAGAGGCAUAUUUGUGCGGUUCCCGAAGAAGCAGAAUCAAGAGUUGUUGAGGAAUUGGUUGUUGCAUGGUCUGAUUUUAUCCUGAGUAAGGAAUGACAACACCAACCAAGAUGGCUGCGCUCUGACCCCCAAAGAAAACGUUCUAUGGUGGGUCCCUUGAAAUGGGAUGUCCUUCCCAUUUGGGGACCAUAACGGAAGAGUUUGUGCUGCAGAACUGCUGCCAAAGGAUUUGACAACAUGUCUGCUGUGCCCGCCGCUGCUCAGGCUCCUCAAGGGCCCGUGAAUCUUCCACCUCCCGAGGUCACAAACCCCAAUAAGCCUGGCCGCAAGACUAACCAGCUUCAGUACAUGCAAAAUGUUGUUGUUAAGACCCUUUGGAAACAUCAGUUUGCGUGGCCCUUCUAUCAACCUGUGGAUAUUAUUAAACUGAACCUUCCUGACUACCAUAAAAUCAUUAAAAACCCAAUGGAUAUGGGGACAAUAAAGAAACGGCUGGAGAAUAACUACUAUUGGAGCGCCAAUGAGUGCAUGCAGGAUUUCAAUACCAUGUUUACAAACUGUUACAUUUAUAACAAGUCCACUGAUGACAUUGUUUUAAUGGCACAAGCUUUGGAGAAGAUUUUUCUGCAGAAGGUAGCUCAAAUGCCUCAAGAGGAAGUGGAGUUAUUGCCCCCUCCCCCAAAGGGCAAAGGUCGAAAGCCAUCCCCUGCAGUACAGAAGUCACCAGCUCCUGAACCAGAACCACCUGUUGAAAAACCACCACCUCCAACUCCUACUCCUCCCCCACCACCGCCGCCGCCACCACCACCACCUCCUCCUCCACCUCCUAUUGCUGUUGCACCAAAGCCAGUUGUCAAGCCAGCAGUGAAGCAAGUUGUCAAGCCAGCGGUGAAGCCAGUUGUAAAGCCAGCGGUGAAGCCAGUUGUCAAGCCAGCGGUGAAGCCGGUUGUAAAGCCUGCGGUAAAGCCAGCGGUGAAGCCAGUUGUAAAGCCAGCGGUGAAGCCAGUUGUAAAGCCAGCGGUGAAGCCAGCUGUGAAGCCUGCAGCCAAACCAGCAGUAGUGGAACGCAGUUCUGGCCGCAGGGCUGAGACACUGGCGGAACGCCGUCGGGAACGUUACAAAGGAGCAACCCAAGCUCCAGCUAUCUCAUCUGUAAGCCCAACUGUACAGCUUACCAAUAUCGCCCCUUUAGUGUCCCAGACGCCGGUCAUCGCUGCUACUCCUGUGCCAACUAUAACCGUAAACGUGAAUCCUGCCCCUGUGGCUGCUGCUGCCCCUCCAGCACCUCCACCUGCGCCAGUACCUGUAGUUCCCGUGGUACCUCCUGCGCCUCCGGUUAUCAAGAAAAAAGGAGUCAAACGAAAAGCAGAUACCACCACACCAACAACCUCUGCCAUCACCGCCAGCCGCAGCGAGUCACCGGUCCCUGUUUUAGAGCCCAAGCAAGCAAAGGUGUCAAACAGGCGAGAGAGUGGCGGGCGACCAAUAAAGCCACCAAAAAAAGACUUGGAAGAUGGCGAGGUGCCGCAGCAUGCUGGAAAGAAGGGCAAGCUUAACGAGCACCUAAAGUACUGCGAUAGCAUUUUGAAGGAGAUGCUCUCGAAGAAACAUGCGGCUUAUGCCUGGCCAUUUUAUAAACCUGUGGAUGCAGAGGCAUUGGAACUGCAUGACUAUCAUGACAUUAUCAAGCAUCCUAUGGAUCUCAGUACUGUUAAAAAAAAAAUGGAUGUCCGGGAAUACCAGGAUGCACAGGCCUUUGCUGCUGAUAUACGGUUAAUGUUCUCAAACUGUUACAAAUAUAAUCCUCCAGAUCAUGAAGUGGUUGCAAUGGCACGGAAACUUCAGGAUGUCUUCGAAAUGCGGUUUGCAAAGAUGCCAGAUGAACCUUUAGAACCCCCUGCGCCUCCUCCCUCGGCAGCUCCUGUCGUCAGCAAAAGUACUGAGAGCAAUCACACCAGUGAAGAGAGUUCUUCAGACUCUGAUAGCUCUGAUUCUGAAGAAGAGCGAGCCACACGGUUGGCAGAACUUCAGGAGCAGCUUAAAGCAGUGCAUGAACAGCUGGCUGCAUUAUCACAGGCUCCAGUUAAUAAACCAAAAAAGAAGAAAGAGAAAAAGGAAAAGGAGAAGGAAAAGAAAAAAAAGGACAAGGAUAAAGAGAAGGAAAAAGACAAAGAGAAGGAAAAAGACAAAGAAAAGCACAAGGUAAAAACGGAGGAUGAGAAAAAAAUUAAGACUGCUCAGCCAGCAAAACCAGUUCCACCCAAGAAAGCUCCAGCAAAAAAAGCCAGCAGUACCACGUCUGUCACGGCAACCAGCACAGCGGCCCCAACCACAACCAAUAGUAGCAAGCCUCCGAAAAAAGGAGGCAAGCAACCACCUUCUGGUACCUUAGAUUCGGAAGAGGAAGAGGAAGGCUUACCAAUGACAUAUGAUGAAAAAAGGCAACUCAGCUUAGACAUCAACAGACUUCCAGGAGAAAAACUUGGUCGUGUAGUUCACAUCAUACAAUCCAGGGAACCCUCCCUUAGAGACUCCAAUCCAGAUGAGAUAGAAAUUGAUUUUGAAACCUUAAAACCAACCACAUUACGAGAACUGGAGCGAUAUGUCAAGUCGUGUUUACAAAAAAAGCAAAGGAAACCAUUUUCGUCCGGAAAAAAGCAAGCAGUUAAAUCUAAAGAGGAGUUAGCUCAGGAAAAGAAAAAGGAGCUGGAAAAGAGACUGCAAGAUGUGAGCGGCCAAUUAAAUAACAAGAAAACUCCAAAAAAAGAUAAAUCCAGUUCAGGAGCAGCAGGUGGUCCAUCAAGGCUGAGCAGCAGUAGCAGUUCCUCUGAAUCUGGAAGCAGCAGUUCAAGUGGUUCAAGUUCAGACAGCAGUGACUCAGAGUAAACUGAUUUUACCCAAACAGACAUUGCACACACAAAAUAGUGCUUCUCUGCAGUGUUUCCAUCUGAGGCUCGUGUAUAACGUCUCCUCUUGGUGUGCUGUUUUUAAAUACAAACAGACUGAUUUCUUUUGUUUUUAAUAUUUUUUUUUUUUUACUUUUGGUUUUAUUUUUUUAAACAAAAAAAAAAAAAAGAAAAAAAGAAAAGAAAAACAGCAUCGUCCGGUUUGACAAACAGGUGUUAGCAAUAACCAGCAACGCAAAAGGCCCGAUGCCUUUGUUGGAUUUUAUGAAGGUUUUACUUUACAUAUAAUUUUUUUUUUUUUUUUUUGCAUUUUCUUCUUUUGGACUGAAAGUUAUUUCUUGGGCAGGAACUUGUAACCCAUGGCCAGGAUGUGACCAGACGCAGAUAGGAAAAUGGCCCUACUGAACAUCUCCAUCUAGUCUUGAUCCUAUCCCCAACCCCAAUUUUAUGUACACGCGGUACUCUCUAUAAUGGACUGUCUGCCUUUUAACUAGUAGAUGUUGGUAUCUUUGCAUUUGCACCUGAAAAUCUUAAUUAUACGUUUACAGUAUGUUAAACCUUGAUGCCUUUUUUUUUUUUUUUUUUUUUUUUUUUUUAAAUAAAUGGACAUGUGCACUGGGCACUUGUAGGUAACUAUAAAGGUAAUAACCAUUUUGUGUUUCAGUUUGGGAUUGAAAUAUCUAACUUUUUAGCUAUUCACUUUUUACCUCAAGACAUAAAAAUGGAAAAUACAAUUUUAUAAGGCAUUGCAAUUUUUUUUUCUUUUGAAAACUGCUGGUCCAAGGUGAUAAAUUAUUUUUCCCCAACAA